GUGUCGCCUGAAACACCGCGGGAAGAGACAUGGGGAAGACAGGUGGAAGAAACGACUUUGAAUGGGUCUACAAUGACCAGCCGCACACGUCAAGAAGAAAAGAAAUACUGGCAAAAUACCCAGAGAUCAAGUCUCUGAUGGGUCCAGAUCCCCAGCUGAAGUGGGUGGUGUCAGGCAUGGUCCUAACCCAGCUACUGGCCUGCUACCUGGUCCGCGACCUCUCCUGGAAGUGGAUCUUCUUCUGGGCGUACGCCUUUGGAGGCUGCAUCAACCACUCCCUGACUCUGGCCAUCCAUGACAUCUCUCACAAUGUGGCGUUUGGGAACAAGCUGGCCAAGUGGAACCGCUGGUUCGCCAUGUGGGCCAAUCUCCCCAUUGGGCUGCCGUACUCUGCCUCCUUUAAGAAAUACCACGUUGACCACCAUCGUUAUCUGGGUGGAGACCAGCUGGAUGUGGACAUACCUACGGACGCUGAGGGAUGGUUCUUCUGCACUCCAGCCAGGAAGGUGCUCUGGCUCUUCCUGCAGCCUUUCUUCUACGCUCUCCGCCCGCUCGUGGUCAAUCCUAAACCUGUGUGUCAGCUGGAGGUCCAGAAUGCCCUGGUUCAGCUCGUAGUGGACUUAAUAAUCUAUUAUCUGUGGGGACUGAAACCUAUUGUUUACCUUAUAGCAGGAUCUAUUCUGUGCAUGGGAUUGCAUCCUAUCUCUGGACAUUUCAUAGCUGAGCACUACAUGUUCCUGAAAGGACACGAGACGUACUCGUACUAUGGACCACUCAACAUGAUCACCUUUAAUGUUGGGUAUCACAUGGAGCACCACGACUUCCCUAGCAUACCUGGCAGCAAACUACCUCAGGUCAAGCAAAUCGCAGCAGAGUAUUACGACUCCCUGCCUCAGCACACUUCCUGGACCCGGGUCUUGUGGGACUUUGUGUUUGACGACAGCAUCGGCCCCUACGCCAGGAUCAAACGGGAGUACAAGCUCAAAAAGCAGGAGUAGAUCUGAGACUGCUUUUGUCUCUCUUUUAUAACCAAUGUGAAUUUCAGUCAUUUAAUUGCAUGGACCACAGUGAAAUUUCUAGUCUCUGGUCAAAUGUUAUCUUUUUUAUACACUGUGUGUGUGAUUCACUUUGUAACUCUUUAAUCACACAGAAAACCAGAACACUUCAGAUGAAGUUAGAUACUUUUCACCCAUUAUUUAUUGUUUCUAUUCCUGCUGUAAACUCACCAAAUACAUAUUCAUAGGAGGCAUGGAGCUUCCUGUCUUUAACUAAAGAUGACAAAUAAUGUGCAUCUAACACAAGAUUAGGUCAUGUACAUUGUCAUGGGGUUUUAAAGCUAUAACUACCUCGGUGGUUUUGUUUUUCCCUAAGCAUCAAGUCAUAAUUCGCGGAAAAACAAUCUGUUGUAAUGAGAGAAGAGGCUCCUGAGGCUUCACUGAUAAUUUACCAUAAUUUCAUCAUGCAGAACUGUGCUGAGGUGGAAAAUGAGCAUUGAAACUUACCGUCCAGUAAGAAGAGCCUUUUUCUGUAGUGACGCCCCGAUCUGCUUAUUCACAGCUGUGUUGUGAACGGAUGAUGAUCAGAGAGAAGACAAACAAAUAGAAACUCUGUGAUGUUAAAAGAAGUUCUUUAGAAAUGUACUGUUCGGCCUUGAACGUCUGUUUUCAAGCAAAAUUAUAACCUUUUCGAUCAAGGUUGCAACAUGCAGUAAAUGAUAAUGAAAAUUGCCACAGCAUCUCUGAGUCACUUGUGUGCUUAUAUCAAAGACACAAAGUGUGAUUUAUUAACCACAAGUGUGAAUAAAGAGCUGUUCUAAUAGCUGUAGCAAUAAUGAAAGCUAACAUGUAAAGCCUCAUGUUGACAGAGCAAGCAGAAGAACACACCUCCAAAAACUAGGGUGGAGACAUUCAAAGCUCUGCUAAAUUCACUUAUGGACGAGGAUUAGGGGCACUGAAAAAACUCAUUUUGAGAUUUUUUUCAGUUUUGAAAAAGAGUAAGAAUUCUGAGAUUUAAGAAAGAAUAAUGAGAUCAAAGUCAGGAUAAUGAGAUUACGGUUUGGAGUCUGAGAGAAAAAAAGUAAGAAUUCUGAAAUUAAAGUUGGAAUUCUGAGAUUAAAGUAAGAAUUCUGAAAUUAAAGUUGGAAUUCUGAGAUUCAAGUCAGAGUUCUGAGAUUAAAGUAAGAAUUCUGAGUUUGAAGUCAAGAGUUCUCAGAUAAAAAAGGCCAGAGUUCUGAGGUUAAAGUCAGAGUCAGAAUUCUGAAGUAAAAAGUCAGAAUUCUAAGAUUAAGGUCUGAAAUCUGAGGGAAAAAAGGUUGGAAAAUUGAGUUUAAAUACUCCGACU